AUGGGUGAAUUGCCUAAAAAUCGUAUUGUUUUCGAACGCGCCUUUAAACAUACUGGCAUCGAUUAUUGCGGUCCAUUCUAUAUCAAAGAGAAGAAGUAUAGAAAUCGAAUCAAGGUUAAAAUUUAUGUCGCUGUUUUUGUAUGUUUCACUACAAAAGCUGUGCACUUGGAAAUUGUUAGUGAUUUAACCACUGCUGCCUUCUUAGCGUGUUUGAAAAGAUUUUUUUCCCGACGUGGAUUAAGUUCCGACCUUUACUCAGACAAUGCUACGAAUUUUAAGUGUGCAAAUCGCGAAAUUCUUGAAAUCUAUGAAUUUUUAAACAACGCGGAAAAUAUGCAGGAAAUCACAAGCGAUCUUGCAAACUACGGAAAAGUAAAUUGGCAUUUUAUACCUCCUCGGGCUCCACACUUUGGUGGUCUUUGGAAGACUGCUGUAAAAUCGUUUAAAAAUCAUUUUGUACGCGUUGUCGGAGAAAGAAUUUUAACUUAUGAAGAAUUCACCACGUUUGCAACUGAGAUAGAGGGUAUUUUAAAUUCACGUCCUCUAACUCCAAUGUCCUCAGAUCCAAAUGACCUGGUCGCUCUAACUCCUGGUCAUUUCCUUAUCGGUGAUUCAAUAACAAACGUGCCAGAACACAAUUUGAUGGACAUACAAUCAAAUAGAUUAUCAUCUUGGGAACAAGUCCAACAAAUAAGACAACACUUCUGGUCUCGUUGGAACAAAGAGUAUCUCAACGAAUUGACAAUUCGUAGGGGGUGGCAUAAAGAUGCCACUACUGAUAUGAAAAUUGGUACAUUAGUAACAAUACGUGAUAAUAAUUUGCCGCCGAUGAGAUGGAUUCUUGGACGCAUAACAUAUGUCCAUCCAGGCAAUGAUGAGAUCAUUCGCGUAGUAACGGUCAAAACGGCUAAUGGGGAAUAUAAACGUAGUAUUAAAGGAUUAUCCCCUCUACCAAUUGACAUUCAAUGA